ACUGUUAUAAAGAUGGCGUUUAUUAAAGAGGAGAGUGAAGACAUGAAGAUUGAAGAAACAUUCAGAGUCAAAGAAGAAGAAACUGAGGAACAAACAGAUCUAAUAGCAUUGAAAGAGGAGAAAGAAGUACUUGAUGAGAUUGAAGAAGAAGAACAAAAUGAGAAUCUUCAAAAGACAGGAACUAAAUGUUAUUUCUCAAGUUUUCCAUUUGGAAAGAGUUUCAGUCAACAAGGAAACCUCAAAGUCCACAUGAGAAUUCACACUGGAAAAAAUCCUUUCACCUGCCAACAGUGUGGAAAAAGUUUCAGUCAGAAAAGAAAAAAGGAAUUCACAUUUAACAGGCACACCUGCCAAUGGUGUGGAAAAAGUUUCACUGAAAAAGGAACCCUUAACAGGCACAUGCAAAUUCACACUAGGGAGAAGCCUUUUUCCUGCCAACAAUGUGGAAAAAGCUUCACUCAUAAAACAGAUCUUGAAAGGCACAUGAGAAUUCACACUGGAGAAAAGCCUUACACCUGCUGUCAGUGUGGAAAAAGUUUCUGUCAACUUGGAAACCUCAUAGUCCACAUGAGAAUACACAAUAGAGAAAAUCCCUUCAUCUGCCAUCAGUGUGGAAGAAGAUUCAAUCAUAAAGGAAGCAUUAACAGGCACAUGAGAACUCACACUGGAGAGAGGCCUUAUAUCUGCCCUCAUUGUGGAAAAAGUUUCAGCCAACAAGGAAACCUUAAAGUCCAUAUGGAAAUUCACACUAGGGCCAUGGACCAUCCAGUUUGA